AUGUCUGUCCAAGAUCUGAAAGUAGGACUGGACUGUGCUGAAAUGUCUGGCUUUAUGCUGAAAAUCCUACUGCUUGAAGCAGGAGGGGAUGAAACUGAGAUAUCUGAUGUGCCUGCUCUAGCUGCCUACCUACAGCUGGGUAGGAUGGACUGGAAAUAUAAAACUGAACCACAACCAGGACGUGCUUGUCUAGGACAUAUAAAUCAACGAUGCAAUUGGCCGAGAGGAAAGGUUUUGGGAGGUAGUUCUGUUUUGAAUUACAUGCUUUAUGUGAGAGGGAACAAGAAAGAUUACGAGGAUUGGGAAGCUCAGGGAAAUCCAGGCUGGGGUUUUCAAAACGCGCUUCAUUAUUUCUUGAAAUCUGAAGAUAACAGAAACCCUUACCUAGCCGCAACGCCAUACCAUAAAUCUGGAGGAUACCUUACGGUACAAGAAGCUCCCUGGAGAACUCCACUGGCAACCACGUUUGUAGCUGCUGGGGUAGAAAUGGGAUAUCAGAACCGAGAUGGUAAUGGAGAAUUCCAAACCGGUUUUAUGAUUCCACAGGGAACAAUUCGUCGAGGUUCAAGAUGUUCGACAGCUAAAGCUUUCUUGCGACCUAUACGAGACAGGAAAAAUCUUCAUAUCGCCAUGGAAUCCCAUGUACUCAAGAUUUUGAUGGAUUCGCAUAACACUGCAUACGGUAUCAAACUUAAACGAUAUGAUAAACUGUAUACAAUUGUUGCAAAGAAAGAGGUUAUUCUGUCUGCUGGAACUCUGAACUCUGCGCAACUGCUUAUGCUCAGUGGAAUAGGACCACAGGAUCAUUUGGAGGAUUUGAGAAUUCCUGUCCGGCAAAAUCUCCCUGUGGGAUACAAUCUUAUGGACCAUUAUGGAACAGGGGCAUUAGCUUUCACCCUAGAACAACCAGUAUCGUUGGUGCAGUCCCGGUAUGAAAACAUCCCUUCUGUUCUGAAGUAUGCAAUAUUUGGUACAGGACCCCUCACUGUGCUAGGAGGAGUAGAGGGUUUAGCCUGGGUUCCUACCAAGUAUACAAACAGGAGCAAGGAUUGGCCGGAUAUAGAAUUCCAUUUUGCUUCCGCUACUCCAGGAUCAGACGGUGGCAGACAAGUUAGAAAGUCUUUUGGAAUAUCCGACACCAUGUGGCAGUUUUAUAGACCUCUAGCGUACAGAGAUACAUGGGCCAUCUAUCCUAUGAUACUCAGGCCAAAAUCCCGUGGACGAGUAAUGCUUCGAACCUCGAAUCCGUUCGAUAAACCAUUAUUUUAUGCUGGAUACUUUACACAUCCAGACGAUAUCAAGGUUUUAGUGGAGGGAGUAAAAAUAGCGUUGGCUCUGGCUCAAACAAAAGCAUUUGAGAGUUUGGGGUCAAAAUUCUGGGAUGCAAUCCCACUUCCAGGUUGCGAAAACACCGAUCUUUGGUCGGAUGAAUAUUGGGAGUGUAUCUGUAGACAGUUUACUAUCACAAUUUAUCAUCAUUCAGGAACAGCCAAGAUGGGUCCCCCCUCAGACCCCGGAUCCGUGGUAAAUCAUGAACUAAAGGUUUAUGGAAUACCUAGACUCAGGGUUAUUGAUGCGAGUAUAAUGCCAACCAUUCCUUCAGGAAACACGAAUGCUCCAACGAUUAUGAUUGCUGAGAAAGCGAGUGAUAUGAUAAAAGCUGACUGGGGUUUCUUCCAGGAUACACUUCAUCAUAGUCACCAUGCGCAUGUUCUCCGGAGAUCUGUUGGUGAUCAAAUAGAAAAUUGGCCGGUCAAACUGGACACCGGGCACCCGGACACAUUUAGCCAUGUAAACAGCACUAGAUAUUCAAAUUCAACAUAUGGAGAGGACACAAGAUCAUUACACUAACCCCGGUCAUGCAACCAGUAUGACCGUUUAUCUCCUCAGUCAUCUGCCAUACUUGUGACCGCGCUCAAUUAAAUGACCAAUGCUCAAAUAUCCUCUACGUGCAACGUUGCACAGACAAUAAAAUAAAGUGACAUGAUAUCUGUGUAUCCAACAUUGGAUUAGGUUACAAAGACAAAACAUUAGGUGCUCCAGUACUAAUUAGAGAUAUAGUGGACAGUGGUCACCAGAAAUAAGUGAGAAAAAAAGCAUCCAAAAUUGACGGUGAAAAUCGGCCAUUGAUAGAUUUUAUAUAGCUCGACAAAUUAAAUAUUUUGAAAAAUUAUCAAGUCGACAACAAUAGAAGUUGUUAAUUUAUGGUAAACCAUAUUCUUGAGGUCAAAAUCGUCUUUGUAUCCACAUUUUAUUUGAGAACACUGUAAUACAAAAAUCCUAGUCUUUGUAAAAACUACAGAAUAGUUUGUUUUUAAGUUUAACAUGAUUUUUUACGCAUUUUACUAAUUUCAUUACUUUAAAUGCAAAACAGUAGAACUUUUAACAUACAGAAGAAAUAGACAGCAAACAUAUGAAAAAAAUUAUUACUAAAUUUUAAAAAACAUACCUACUUAAAAAAUGUUAUUUUAAACAUUUUAUCCUUAUCGUUAUUGUUAGGUAUUAUAUUUGUAAAUGUUUUUAAGUUCCUGAAACUAUGAUUUGUGAAAUAUUUAUUAUUAUAAUAUUGUUUUUUUUACUAUGUUUUUAUUGAUACUAUUAUAAUGUUUCUCAGUUACCAGUGCUCCUUUGGAAACCAUAAACUAUAUUAUUUCUUAAACUCCGCAAACAAACAACAACUUUGCAGUAAUUCACUACAGAACUCUUCCUGACUGACUUCUGUUUACGCGCUGUUAGAAUUAACUAACAUUUUUUUCGUAAUAUCAAACUUAAACGCAUUUCAGAAUUAUACAGUUUGAUUGAAAGUUAUAAACAGAAUAUUAGCUAUAACUCGCAAAUAUUUAUGUACCUAACAUUAUUUUCGUAAUUUCGAACAAAUUGUUGUUAUUCAGAAAUGUUUUCGUUAAGUUAGAUAUUUAUAACAAAAUGAUUGAUUUUCUUGUUUCCGUGUUUAGUUUCCUGUGGAGCAAAUAUUCUUGAUCUCAUUUGACUGAACUAAAGGGAGUGUACACGUCAUAUAAGUGAUACUUUAUUUCAAGUAUGACGAUACCGAAUCACAACGGGGCCUUUUUAAUCAUUUUUAAGGAACGUUUUCUUUAUCAAAUAACAAAGGUUUAAAGAUUACCAUUGUGAAUCGGUUAUGCCACUUUAAAUGGAGGGUCACUUAAAAUGGCAUUAUCGUCUCUUUUAAACAUGUUUUUUAUUCCUAGGUGUCAUUCAUGUGAGCACAUUUCAAUUUAUAAUUAUUUACUAAUCUUAACUAAUCCUAAAAGUUAUGAAAUCGUAAAAGUAAGAGGGUCCGCAUUCACAACGGUACCCUGAUCAAUGCUAAAAACAUAGUAAUGUUUUUCUCUCUGAAAAUCUAUAAUUUUUUAUCGUGGUUACCCUUUUAAAGUGAACUGUGGAUUUGUGAUGCUGAAACAGCUCUGGAAAACUACAAUAUCUCUCCGUUUACUAUAUCAGAUAAAGGUUUAAUAAAUGGUACCGUUGUGAAUUUACCACCGUCCUCUGUUUAUAAUUGGCCACAAGAAAUUAAACAACGACACUCUAUUUUUAUUAACCUUUUAACUCACUCUUUGGAGUUUUGACAAAAGCAUUUAACCUUUAAAUCAAACUUAAGUAUAAGUUAAAGUAAAUUUUUACCAUUAAAGGGACUAUAAGUUCACGUAACCGUCCAUCCAUGCAAAAAUGACUUUGUCCCAUUUACAAUCUUGCGCAUUAAUGAUCAGAUAAAGAUUGUAAGGGUACCGUUGUGAAUUGAGCAUUGUCAUCAUUAAAUGGAGGGUCACUAGAAAUUACGCUUACAGUCCCUUUAAUAUUGAAGAUGGUUGAAAUACUAUUCCCAAUAUUCGUGUAAAUUCUUAUUCAAAUAAUUUUAUUUAUUUUAUUAAUUUUUUAUAUUCAUGUUUACAUAACUUAAUUUUGUUGUAACAUUUCUUAAAUAUCUUUAACAGUGGAAUUCUUAUAUAUCUAAUUUUGUAUUUUUAAUGGGAUUGUUUAUCGUUUUCUAAAUACGCAGACAGUCCCUUAGUUAUGAUUUUAGGAUCUUGACUUAGCCAUUUGUAGUUUCUUUGAAGAGCCUGUCAUGUCCAAAAUGUCUGCUAGGCAAAGUUUUUAUUUUUGUGCCCUCAUGAACAUCUUUGAGCCAAAAAGAAAGUACUAAAUAUGUGUAUUUACAAUUGGUUAAUAACUCUCCCUAUGUUUUAAUUCCUCUAUCCGAGAAUUUUAAUUUUUAGCGUCUAAAUAUUGACUCUUUAUAUGUACGUGCAUACAGAUGUUCCUAAUUGUUUGUAUAUAUAGUUAAUUUUUUAUGUUUGUAUCGUUGUAUAAUUGUACAGUUCUGAAAACUAGCUCAAACCUUUUGUACAAUUUGUUGUAUAUAAAUCUUGUUCUUAAUGUUUUGUUAUUUAUCAAGCAUUUUUUAUUUCAAUUUUAUUAAGAUAAAUGCAAUGGUUUAUUUUUUAAUUUUAAAUUUUCAAAAUAUUGCCAUACUUAUUUUAAAAAGUGUAGAAAGGUAAAGAAAACAAUUGGGGGGACCUAUUUUACUUGUACUUUGCCCAUUCCUUAAACAAUUGGGGGGACCUAUUCCUUGUACUUUGCCCAUUCCUUAAACAAUUGGGGGGACCUAUUCCUUGUACUUUACCCAUUUCUAAAACAAUUGGGGGGACCUAUUACUUGUACUUUACCCAUUCCUUAAACAAUUGGGGGGACCUAUUCCUUGUACUUUACCCAUUCCUUAAACAAUUGGGGGGACCUAUUACUUGUACUUUACUCAUUCCUUAAACAAUUGGGGGGACCUAUUACUUGUACUAUACUCAUUCCUUAAACAAUUGGGGGGACCUAUUACUUGUACUUUACCCAUUCCUUAAACAAUUGGGGGGACCUAUUACUUGUACUUUACCCAUUCCAUAAACUUGUUUGUUGCUCCAGUCAUUUUGUAUAUAUUAAAGAAAUAAAAUAAAAUAUUUUUUCUUAAUAAUUUUUAGACAGGGCUUGAAGUUUGUAAUGAUGUUAUAACCCUUAAAAGGACUAUCAACUAAUGUCAAUUGAAGGGCACGACCCAUUAACAACUGCACCCUUUUAAGCUUUUUUCAUAAAUGAAUGAGAUAUCGAUGCUUGUUCUCUUUGAAAAUCAAUUAUUUUAAAUUUUUUCUAAUUCUAAGGUGCAAUUGUGGAUUUUAUUACAAACGAAGAACACAUUUUACAUAAUUUAGUAUUAAUAAGAUGAAAACCUGACCGUAUCUUUCACAUUGUUUAUUAAAUAAUAAAUAUAGGAUAAAU